AUGAUACCGUCUGAAGACAACAUUUACAGAUAUACAAAAAUACAUCGUCUAUAUUUGCCAAACAUCAGCAACAUAUUGAACGUUAAAAUUGUCAACAUGUUCAUCAUCUACCCGCGCAAUCAACUUACGAUUUAUCACAUGAUGAUAGCAAUUUUGAAAAAAGAUUCAGGACGCUUCAACAAAAAUGAUCCCGAGAAUAAAAAAGGUCCUAUAGGAGGAGUAAAACCAGGCCCACCCCCUCCCCAACCACCCCCUCCACCGCCACCUCGCAAAAAAGAUGACCACACUGGAGAGCCGAUGGUUAAAAAGGAUCAAACUCGUCCACCUCCUCCUCCUCCUGCAGAACCGAUGGUUAAAAAAGACCAAACUCGUCCACCCCAACCUGGUCAUCCUCCACCAGGACCUCAUGGACACCCGGAAAAUGAUUUUACGCCCGAUCCCAGUUUAGCGCAUGUGAAAAAUUCUCACAAUGAAGAUGCUACUCGUGACCCGAACUUUACACACGAUCCACAAAGAGAACGCCAUGGUAAGGGUAUCACUCGAGAUCCAAACUUUACCCACGAUCCAAACUUCCAACCAAUGGGUGGCAAACAUUUUAAGCUCGUUCCAAACUUCCACCAAAUGCACAGUAAGGAUUUUACCCGUGACCCAAACUUUACCCACGAUCCCAACUUUCAACAGAAGGGCGGUCUCCAUGAAAAAGAUUUCACCCGUGACCCAAACUUUACCCACGAUCCCAACUUCCAACCAAUGGGUGGCAAACAUUUUAAGCUCGUUCCAAACUUCCGCCGAAUGCACAGUAAAGAUUUUACCCGUGACCCAAACUUUACCCACGAUCCCAACUUUCAGCAUAAAGGCGGUUCCCAUGAAAAAGAUUUCACCCGUGACCCAAACUUUACCCACGAUCCUAACUUUUUGCAAAAAGACGGUCAUCAUGGUAAAGAUUUUACCCGAGAUCAAAGUUUUACUCAUGCCGAUGACCACAAGCCACCCAAAGGUAAAAAAGAUGGUCCGCGGGGAAAGAGACACGAUCAUGGAAGGGGAGAAGAUCAUGUCACACGUGAUCCAAGUUUCACACACGAUCCCAAAGGCGAUACUUCCCACGAUAAAGAUGUUACUCACGAUCCCAAUUUUCCUCAUGCUGAACCGAAAUUUGAAGGUCCCAAACCGAACGUUGAAGGAAAAGGCCCAAUGAGUCGCAAACAUUAA